CCAGCCUGGGCGAGCGGCCGCCACCUGCCCGGCGCCGCCUCCACCCGCCCCGCCGCUGCCCAACUUGGAUGGAGUUGCGGUCCUGAGCCCUUGUCUCCCACAGCCGGCCAGCGGAGAGCCCCGCGCGGCCACCUCCGGUCUGGGACCCCCUCCACUGCUCUCCGCCGCGAUGGGAAAAGUUGGCGCCGGCGGUGGCUCCCCACCCGGGCUGAGCGCGCUCCUCGCCGGCGCUGGGCUCUUGGUCUUCUGCGCCCCGGGAGCCUGCGGCGGCGGCUCCUGCUGCCCCCAGCUGCACCCCAGCUCGGGCCCACGCUGGGUUCCGACCCCAGGGGGCUCCCUUCACCAGGGGCCGCGAGGCAGGGCUCCUGCCACGCCCACGCCCCUCCUUGGGCGCCCCCUGUUCACAGUGUCCCCCGGAGACCGAGCGCUGUCCCUGGAGCGGGCCCCGGGCACUGGGGCGUCCGUGGCGGUUGCUCCGCGCUCCGGCCGGAGGAGAAGGAGUGGAGCGGAUCAGGAGAAGGCAGAGCAAGGUGAGGGCUCAAGUAGAAGCCCCCGAGGAGUCCUAAGGGAUGGAGGGCAGCAGGAGCCCGGGACUGUGGAGCAGGACCCGGACAAAGCCACUCGCUUCCGGACGGAGGAGCUGAAACUGACCAGCACCACGUUCGCGCUGACCGGCGACUCUGCACAUAACCAAGCUAUGGUCCACUGGUCUGGCCACAACAGCAGCGUGAUUCUCAUUUUGACCAAGCUCUACGACUAUAACCUGGGGAGCAUCACCGAGAGCUCGCUGUGGAGGUCAACCGACUAUGGAACAACCUAUGAGAAGCUGAAUGAUAAAGUUGGGUUGAAAACAAUUUUAAGCUAUCUCUACGUGUGUCCUACCAACAAGCGCAAGAUUAUGUUGCUCACGGAUCCGGAGAUCGAGAGCAGUUUACUGAUCAGCUCAGAUGAAGGAGCGACCUACCAGAAGUACCGGCUGAACUUCUACAUCCAGAGCCUGCUUUUCCACCCCAAGCAGGAGGACUGGAUCCUGGCAUACAGCCAAGACCAAAAGUUAUACAGCUCAGCUGAAUUUGGGAGAAGGUGGCAGCUGAUCCAGGAAGGGGUUGUCCCAAACAGGUUCUACUGGUCCGUGAUGGGUUCGAACAAGGAACCGGAUCUCGUGCAUCUCGAGGCCAGGACUGUGGAUGGUCACUCGCAGUACCUGACCUGCCGUGUGUGGAACUGCACUGAGGCCAACAGGAGCAGACCCUUCCCCGGCUACAUCGACCCCGACUCCCUGAUUGUGCAGGACGAUUACGUGUUUGUCCAGCUGACGUCAGGAGGUCGGCCGCAUUACUACGUGUCCUACCGAAGGAAUGCGUUUGCCCAGAUGAAGCUACCCAAGUAUGCCUUGCCCAAGGACAUGCACGUCAUCAGCACGGACGAGAACCAAGUGUUUGCAGCGGUCCAAGAAUGGAACCAGAACGACACCUACAACCUCUACAUCUCAGACACCCGGGGCGUGUACUUCACCCUGGCCUUGGAGAAUGUCCAGAGCAGCCGAGGCCCUGAGGGCAACGUCAUGAUCGACCUGUAUGAGGUAGCAGGCAUAAAGGGGAUGUUCUUGGCUAACAAGAAGAUUGACAACCAGGUGAAGACCUUCAUCACGUAUAACAAAGGCAGAGACUGGCACUUGCUGCAGGCGCCCGACGUGGACUUAAGAGGCGACCCUGUGCACUGCCUAUUGCCUUAUUGCUCACUACACCUUCACCUUAAGGUCUCUGAGAAUCCCUACACCUCGGGGAUCAUUGCCAGCCGAGACACAGCACCCAGCAUCAUAGUGGCUUCAGGCAACAUAGGUUCCGAAUUGUCAGACAGCGACAUCAGCAUGUUUGUCUCUUCAGACGCAGGGAACACGUGGAGGCAGAUCUUUGAAGAAGAGCACAGUGUUCUGUAUCUGGACCAGGGCGGGGUCCUGGUUGCUAUGAAGCACACGUCUCUCCCCAUUCGACAUCUCUGGUUGAGUUUUGAUGAAGGGAGAUCUUGGAGCAAAUACAGUUUCACAUCUAUUCCCCUUUUUGUGGAUGGGGUUCUGGGUGAGCCCGGGGAAGAGACCCUAAUCAUGACAGUGUUUGGACACUUCAGCCACCGCUCGGAGUGGCAGCUGGUCAAAGUGGACUACAAGUCCAUCUUCGACAGACGCUGUGCCGAGGAGGACUACAGACCUUGGCAACUGCACAGCCAGGGGGAAGCAUGCAUCAUGGGAGCGAAAAGGAUAUAUAAGAAGCGGAAAUCGGAGCGGAAAUGCAUGCAGGGAAAAUAUGCAGGAGCGAUGGAGUCGGAACCCUGUGUCUGCACAGAGGCUGAUUUUGACUGUGACUAUGGUUACGAGAGACACAGCAACGGUCAGUGCCUGCCAGCAUUUUGGUUCAAUCCGUCUUCUCUGUCCAAAGAUUGCAGCUUGGGACAGAGUUACCUCAACAGUACUGGGUAUAGGAAGGUGGUUUCCAAUAACUGCACGGAUGGCGUGAGAGAACAGUACACGGCCAAACCACAGAAGUGCCCGGGGAAGGCCCCGCGGGGGCUCCGCAUCGUCACUGCGGACGGGAAGUUGACAGCGGAGCAAGGGCACAACGUCACCCUCAUGGUGCAGCUGGAGGAGGGCGACGUCCAGAGGACAUUCAUCCAAGUGGACUUCGGAGACGGCAUCGCGGUGUCUUAUGUCAACCUGAGCUCCAUGGAAGAUGGGAUCAGACACGUCUAUCACAACGUGGGCAUUUUCCGAGUGACCGUGCGGGUGGACAACAGCCUCGGGUCGGACAGCGCCGUCCUGUACUUACAUGUAACGUGUCCCCUGGAGCAUGUGCACCUGUCUCUUCCCUUUGUCACCACGAAGAACAAAGAGGUCAACGCGACGGCGGUGCUGUGGCCCAGCCAAGUGGGCACCCUCACCUACGUGUGGUGGUACGGCAACAACACGGAGCCCUUGAUCACCUUGGAGGGCAGCAUAUCGUUCAAGUUCACGGCCGAAGGGAUGAACACCAUCACAGUGCAGGUCUCCGCUGGCAACGCCAUCCUGCAGGACACCAAGACCAUCGCGGUGUAUGAGGAAUUUCGAUCUCUGCGCCUGUCCUUUUCCCCCAACCUGGACGACUACAACCCGGACAUCCCUGAGUGGAGGAGGGACAUCAGCCGAGUCAUCAAGAAGUCCCUGGUGGAAGCCACCGGGGUUCCAGGCUCCCACAUCUUGGUGGCGGUGCUCCCGGGCCUGCCCACGGCCGCUGAGCUCUUUGUCUUGCCGUGUCAGGAUCCCACAGGAGAGAACAAGCGGUCCCCUGAGGAUCUGGAGCAGAUAUCAGAACUACUGAUCCACAAGCUCAACCAAAACUCAGUGCACUUCGAGCUGAAACCCGGCAUCCAAGUCCUGGUCCAUGCAGCCCACUUGACAGCAGCCCCACUGGUGGACCUCACGCCCACCCACAGCGGAUCCGCCAUGCUGAUGCUGCUCUCCGUGGUGUUUGUGGGGCUGGCUGUGUUUGUCAUCUACAAGUUUAAAAGGUAUGCAUCCCUCCAUCCAUGUCCCCCCGCCCUCUCCCUUCUCCGUGGCAGGUUCAGAAGCAUGUGCCGCCGUGACGUGCAUCUCCCGUGCCUAGCAGUGAUGCUUUCUGUUAAUGUUUUAGGAAGAUUCCGGGGAUUAAUGUUUAUGCCCAGAUGCAAAAUGAGAAAGAACGAGAGAUGGUCAGUCGAGUCAGUGCCACUGAAAGCAGGCCCCAUAUGUCUCAGACUGAGCUGAGGAGGCCUGGCCAGCUGGUAGAUGAGAAGGUGGAAUCACAGCUCAUAGGUAAAUGAUUCCCAGUAGCUGUCAGGUCUUCGGCCUGAGUAGUCAAUGGCUGCCUCUCUCUCUAACACCUUUCUGGCUUGACGUGCCUACUGUUGUCUGCUCUAACAUCCCUGAAGGAAACAGCUAAGGGCCUCUUUCCCUGCUUCUUCCCACUGGAACGAGGGAAAAAACCUUCUUGCUCCUGUCUAGUGUUUUUCUUUCUCUCAUGAGUGUGCUUGUCCUUUUGCAGAAACCCCUGCUGAAAUGUGGGGCUUCAGGUUCUUGGGCAAAGAGCACAGCAUUUGCUCUGACAAUAUGACAGUGCUCAGGAAGGGCAGGCCUCAGGCUGGCUCUGGGUCGGGCGGGCCAGGCGGGUUUGAGGGAUGGGGUACGUAACGUCUGGAGCAAAGUGUGGGAGCCUCAUCUUGAGUCAG